UUUGUGCUGCAUUGCUCCUGUCUUGGCUGCUAAAGUGAUACCUGGUUGUGAGGUGACAGUAGGAUCUGACAAAGAAGAUGAAAGAUGGCCAUAUGCAAGAACAACAAAGGACAUUAAGGAACUGGGUGCCACACAUAUUAACAAAGAUGUUACUGAAGCCCAUAUUGAUAUCAAUAACCGCAUUGUGACUGCUCCAGCCUUCAUGUGUGAAACAGCAGUACACGAAGUUUUUGAUGGUAUUGGUGAAAUGGUAACGGGAGUACUGAAGCUGGUUAAAUAACUUCUUUUUUUUUUUUUACCUCCAAGAAU